GCGGCCGGCCGCGCCCGGCUCCUGGCCGUGCUGCUGGCGGGGCUGCUCGGCGGGGCGCGGGGCUUCGGCGACGAGGAGGAGCGGCGCUGCGACGCCAUCCGCAUCGCCAUGUGCCAGAACCUGGGCUACAAUGUCACCAAGAUGCCCAACCUGGUGGGGCACGAGCUGCAGGCGGACGCGGAGCUGCAGCUCACCACCUUCACCCCCCUCAUCCAGUACGGCUGCUCCAGCCAGCUCCAGUUCUUCCUGUGUUCGGUUUAUGUCCCAAUGUGCACAGAGAAGAUUAACAUCCCCAUAGGUCCCUGUGGAGGCAUGUGCCUCUCUGUCAAAAGGAGAUGUGAACCUGUUUUAAAAGAAUUUGGGUUUGCYUGGCCAGACAGCCUAAACUGCAGCAAAUUCCCACCCCAGAAUGAUCACAACCACAUGUGCAUGGAGGGCCCAGGAGAUGAAGAAGUUCCCCUUCACAGCAAGACCUCCUUGCAGCCYGGAGAAGAGUGCCACGGCAUGGGAUCUAACUCGGAUCAGUACAUUUGGGUGAAGAGAAGCUUGAGCUGUGUCCUGAAGUGUGGCUACGAUGCUGGUCUGUACAGCAGGUCAGCUAAGGAAUUCACAGAUAUCUGGAUGGCCAUAUGGGCCAGUCUUUGCUUCAUCUCGACUGCCUUCACGGUCCUGACCUUCCUGAUUGAUUCAUCCAGAUUUUCCUACCCGGAGCGACCAAUCAUAUUUUUGAGCAUGUGCUACAAUAUUUAUAGCAUUGCUUAUAUUGUGAGGCUAACUGUGGGCCGGGAAAGGAUAUCCUGUGAUUUUGAAGAGGCAGCAGAACCUGUUCUUAUCCAAGAAGGUCUUAAGAACACAGGAUGUGCGAUAAUUUUCUUGCUGAUGUACUUUUUCGGGAUGGCUAGCUCCAUCUGGUGGGUUAUUCUGACACUGACGUGGUUUCUKGCUGCCGGACUCAAGUGGGGCCACGAAGCUAUCGAAAUGCACAGCUCCUAUUUCCACAUCGCAGCCUGGGCCAUCCCGGCGGUGAAGACCAUUGUCAUUUUGAUUAUGAGACUUGUAGAUGCAGAUGAGCUCACCGGCCUCUGCUACGUUGGCAACCAGAACCUGGAUGCGCUSACGGGCUUUGUUGUGGCUCCGCUUUUUACCUACUUGGUCAUUGGGACUUUAUUCAUUGCAGCAGGACUCGUGGCCUUAUUUAAAAUCAGGUCUAAUCUCCAGAARGACGGAACUAAAACUGACAAACUGGAAAGACUGAUGGUCAAAAUCGGGGUCUUUUCAGUGCUGUACACCGUCCCAGCAACCUGUGUCAUCGCCUGUUAUUUCUACGAAAUCUCCAACUGGGCCAUUUUCCGCUAUUCGGCAGAUGAUUCCAAUAUGGCAGUGGAGAUGCUCAAAAUUUUCAUGUCCCUUCUGGUGGGUAUUACGUCAGGUAUGUGGAUCUGGUCAGCCAAAACUCUGCACACGUGGCAGAAGUGUUCCAACAGACUGGUGAACUCAGGGAAAGUGAAACGGGAGAAGAGAGCAGACGGUUGGGUGAAACCUGGGAAAGGGAAUGAGACCGUGGUAUGAGAAAAGGACAGCACUCCUUUGGUGGUCUGACUGCUCUYCUGUGAAGGACUGAUCAUGUGUAAGCAUUGCCAUGUAAAUGUUGGGAGUAGAGUAGGGAGACRGUUACACAACCUGUCCCUGGGGUUGGGGGAAAAAAAAGCCUUAAAGAAUAAAYAGUAAAAAGAUCAUGCUGCAGAUACAAUAGCCAUAAACCAUGCUGCCCAAAAUAGGAGAGCCCAGGGAGGCUUUAAAAGCUGUGAAAUAUCCAAACAUGUUAUCUUCCUUUUUUUUUUUUUUUAAUUUUUAAAGCAUGAUGCAAUUACUGAAGUCUUGAAGUCUUUAGAAACKGAGGUGCUGUAGCCCAUAGCUGUGGGAUGAUGUUUUCCUUUCAUCACCUGACAGAGGAAGGAAGUCCAGGGCCAAAUUCUGGGCUUAACUAGGGUCCAGUUACCAAGUUACCAGAAGAUGGAGCACYUAGGACCUCAGUUAGAUGUCUUCUUUCCGAGUUCAGCAUUGAGAAGGAAACACUUGAUGAGGAUUGUGUCUUUAUGCCCUGGGGAAUUCUGAUGUUCCAAUACACUGUACAAUUCAGUCAGGGGUCAUAUCCUGAAACAAAUAGCAAAUGAUCUWUCCAGGUCUCACCUAUGAUGAGUGGGAUUUAGUGAGGUAUUAGUGAGGAUGACUUUUAAGUCAUCUAAUGGCCUAAUAAUAAUUUUGACUCAUUCUUUUUACCAUUUGUAACCUGGUCUGAAUGGAAAGUUGAUUCUGCCUUGUGGGAAUUUGAACUUCCCUGUGUUUCUUCCCACCUGAAUUAUUCUGUGGUUCUAUCAAUAUUUCUAAAUUCUAAAAGCUUUACUCAAGGCAGCUUUACCCUCAGAAGCAGAGGAAUCAGCUCAAAGUGGGAAACUGUGUAUGAUUUUCUACAUCUGUUAUCAUUAUCUGUCCCCAUUCCUGCCCCUUCAGGUGCUCCUGCUAUUUCUAGCAGACCACUUUAUUCUGCUGCAUUUAUUAGCUAAAAAAAGUCUUAACAAUAUAGCGUUCCUUCCUCCAGGAAAGAGAAAACUUAGUUGAAGGUACCUUCAAACAAUGCCAUCUUUCUCCAAGCAACUUGUCUCUCUCUGGAAACUCAUUGCAUGAAGCAAUUAAGUCUUAAUGUAUUUCAUUCAGUGUGAUGGUAUCUCCUCUGUAGACGCCAGUCUGGGGAGAAGCAAAAUGUUAAGUUCCUUGGCAACCUCAUGUUCAAACAGAUCAGUUGUAUAAUUAUGUGUGUCAAUUGCAAUUAAAAGAUUCUCAGCCCAUGA